AUGUCUCCAAUGCCAUGCGCGCAGGCGCCUUGUGAAAUGUCGCCGGGCUGUAUGUCUUCUGGCCGCCUGUCCCCGGGCCACGCGUCUCAGGGCCGCAUGUCCCCAGUGCAGAUGCGCCAGAUGCCCCAGAUCCCCUGUGGCGCGGUUUCGCCCUGUGCUGCUUCCCCUCGAGCAGCCUCGCCGGUGGUAGAGGCGCGGCGGUGCCAGUCUCCCUACAUGCAGGCGACCGUGCCCGGGCCCGUGGGGCCCCAUGGGCCCCAUGGGCCGCCUCAUGGGCUCGCGGGCCCGGGGCCGCAGGCCCGGGGGCCGGCGGCGCAGCAACCGCCCUUUAACAUGCAGGUGCCAGGCGCGCAGGGAAACCAGUCGAUGAGAGAGUCGAUGGCGCCCCCGGCCUUUGCCUUCGGCCAGUCCUUUCAGGCGCCGAGCCCUCACGGGGCCUCGCCCUCGAGCUCGCCUCCCGUGCCCGGCUCGCCGCAGGUCAUGUACCCUGGCCAGCCAGGUCUGCAGAUGCCUUAUGGCGCAGUGCCCUUUCAGCCUGCGCCUGAGCUGCCGCAGGGCUGGCAGCUGUGGGAGGAUCAUGGGCAGCCACAAAGCAUGUCCGCAAGCACCAGGACCAUCGUCCCGCAGCCCGCGUCGCCUUGGCUGGGCUCUGCGCCGCCAGUCCAGGCCAUGCAGCCAGCCAUGCCGGUGAUCACCAUGCCCGGUGAGGCGAUCCCUGGCUUGGGCCCCGAGGUCGUGCCGCAGACUAUGCCUAGCCACGGAGAGGCAAGCAGCUACGUGCCGUCUGAGGGGCAGCUGGUUGGCAAGGCCAUCCGGCUGCCAGGUGCCAGCGAGGUCGACUGGAACCCACAGCCAGAUGCCGAGAUCUCCAGCAUACAUGUCCUUUCACCCCAGCCGGAGGAGAAGGACAACAGCCAGCAGGAUAUCCUGGAACACUGUCGCGACACUGCGAAACUGGUGAAGCAGCUCGCCUCAGUUCUGAAGGGCCUGGAGGCAGAUGUCGAGAGCUUGCGCCGAGAGAACCACAGCCUCCGCAAGACGGUGCUAGACGCUGUUCCGCCGAGGUCUAGCCAGCCUGAGACCGAGCGGAGGCCGCCAGAGGUGGAUCGCAGGCCGGAAGCUGACGAUCCCGAGGUAACAGUGAUGGCCUCCUCCAUGUCUUCGAAUCCACCAGCCAACCCGCUGCAGACGAGGUCUACACCUCCACCCUCAGCACGGCUGCAGCAGCCUUUGCAGCAGUGGGAGCAGCCGCAGCCGCAGCAGCCGCAGCAGCCGCAGCAGCCGCAGCAGCCGCAGCAGCCGCAGCAGCUGCAGCAGCCGCAGCAGCCACAGCAGCCACAGCAGCCACAGCCACAGCAGCCGCAGCCGGCGCUGCCGCCGCCGGCGCCGCCGCAGCCGACGCCACAGCAGACGCCGCAACCGCAGGAGCGUUCGCUAGCCAUUCCGGCUGCGCAGCUCAACCAGACAGGACCUGCGGCUGCAAAGGUUGCGAACACCUCAGAGCCCAAGAAGCGCACAGGCAGUCAUUCCGGCAGCGGAGGUCGAGAACCUCUUGACAGCGACGGUGCCUGGGAGGUAGCGCAGGAGGCAUCGUAUGCCGAGAAGCCAAUGAUCCGAAUCCCAACGCCAGAGCAGGUGCAGCGGCAGGCACCUUGGGCUGUGGACCAGGCAAUUUGGCUGGGCGAGGAUGUGGAUCGGCUUGCAGGGCAGGUCCACAUUCUUGACAAGGACACGAUUAUCUCGGCGUUUUCCGCCGUGGAGGGCUUGAACCGAGGCACCUUCAAGUGCAACGAUGAUUUUUGCGUCGUGUACUCUGCUUCAAGCAGAGGCUACUACCUGCUGUAUCGGCAAGGCCUGAAGGACCAGGCCCUGGCGAUAGCGGAGGAGCCACAGGUGCAGGCCAGCCAGGAGCACGCUCCGCCGGAAGUGCAAGGCACCUUGCUUGAGCCGCGCUUGGAGGACUUGGUGCAGGCCAUAGUGGAGAGCGCCAACGCGGACGAGCCAGCGCCAGCUGAGGAGCUCUUGCGCCAGGCGCUGCAUCUGGGUCCCGUGCCCGAGGCUUACGAUCCGCUGAUUCUCUCCUACGACCGAACAAGGCAACCAGCGAAGGCAGAGGAGUGGCUUUGGCGUGCUCUUCAAGCCGGCGUUGUUCCCCGAGAGGAGAGCUUUGUGGCUGUGAUCAGCGCGGGCUGCAAGCAGGGCGCUGCCGUCAAGGUGGAGGACACCAUGACCCAGAUGAUGCACCUCCGCAUUCGGCCGCCCAGGGAGGUGUUUGACAAGGUGAUCGGCAUCUUUGCCAAGCAGCGCAAUCCCAUCAAGGUAGAGGAAUGGCUGCUGAACGCUGGCCAAUCUGGCUGGACGCCUCAGCAGGCGGCCUUCGAGGCUGUGGUGCGUUUGUAUGCAGAAGUCGAUGCGAUGAAAGCUGAGGAGUGGCUUCGGCGAUCGCAGGAGACAGAGUAUCGCUUGCCGGACUCCUGUUACCACCCGGUGAUCAUUGGAUUCGUGCGCAGCGGCAACCCCGACAAGGCGGAGGACGUGCUGUCCAUGAUGAAAGCCACCGGCCAUCACAUCGAUGAAGCGCUUCUUCAGGAGGUCAUUGGCCUUCAUGCAGAGGUGGGCAACUCCCUGCGGGCAGAGAACCUUCUGGAGACCUACGCGCCCAGCUCCGGUCACUUGGAUGAGCUGCGCCUGUCCGUCAUCGACAGCGCCUUCCGAUCAGGCGACCUGGAAGUGGCAGAGCGGCAGGUGUUGCACAUGGUUGACCCUGAACCUGUCCGCACUCAGCAGAUUGCCAACCAGCUGAUGGAGCGGGGCGAGCUGGGCAGGGCCAAGGCAGUUUUGGAGCACAUUUGCGCCGUGAACUGCGAGCCUCCGCCGGAGCUCUCCACGCAGCUCCUUUCCACCUGCGCGCAGCUCGGGGAUGUCGCAGGGGCCGAGGCUGCAGCUCAGCUGCUGCUCCAAAGCGGGCCUCUGAGCGACAUGCAGGUCUCCCUCCUGCGGCAAAGUCUAGGUGGGGACCGAGCCGAAGAGCUGCUACGCGACGGGGCCAGAAACCCGCGGAGGGAGGCGGCAAGCGGCAGAGUCGUCAACGGAAAGUCGCCUUCCAAGCGCAUUCCGGCGCGCUCACAGACCCUGGCAAAGAACCAGAAGCCGUCGGGCCCAACGAGCCCGCCGAAGUCGGGCGCUCCCAAGGCGGUGCCAAAGCAGAAGUUUGCCAUGGGCGGAACUUCCUCCAGGGGCCGAACAGCCUUGAGCAGCAGAUGACGAGAGGCUGCAGGAUUAGAGAUCGCUUUGAGCCGUGCUCGCGAUGAAGGGCCGUCUGGUAGCCUUUUGAUGCUUUAGCAAAGCCACCUGCACCCACAAGUCGAUUUGGUCCACUGA